UCACAGGUGACACACUCACCUGUCUGUGUUUCUGCAGCUUUCAACAUUCACAAUGUGACGACAACUUAAUGACUGUUUGCUUUAUUUUAGACAAACACACCACCACACCUCCACCUACAUCCACACCUCCACCUACACCCAACUCUGCUCCAUCACUCUCUCCUCCUGUUGUCUUUGUGUUGUCAUUUUUUACAUCAUCUACUCUUACGGUUCUGCUGGUGUUACUGGUGUUACUGGUGAGAAGAUACAUUGGUAGGAAACUUGAAGAUCAUGACAAAGCUGAGGAAGAUGACAUUAAAGAUGACAUCACAUACAGCGACAUCAGAAUAUUACAGCGUCAACAACAGUCAGUCGACCAAAGCAGAGAGAGUGAUUCAGCUCCAAUUGAUUCAGAAGUGAGAACUGAAGGCGUCACUUAUGGAGAAAUCAUUGUCAAAGAGCAGCAAAAAACCCUCCCCUGCUGUGAUGCCGAGACAAAUCCCACGAGUGAAACUGAUCACAUCCCAGAAUCAGCAAUUCAAAACAACAACAUUGCAGACGUGGAAGCAGAGCAACUGCAGAUGGAAGUUUCAGGCUGUCUCAGUGAUGAAGAACUCCCAGCAUCCCCCAGCAACAUCAGCAUGGAGGAGAGGAAGUCACUCACAUCACUUAGUAAUGACAACAGCAUGAUCAUCCUUCCAGCAGACAAAGACUUUAAACCAGAGCCAGAUGUCGUCUACUCUUCACUGAAGUAG